UAACUAUUUAAACAAAUGGCCGCUGGUCAUCGACAUUCAAUAGUGACUUUCAUUUCCAACAAGCACAACAACAAAUACAAUAAAAUGUCUCUCAAGUCAGAUGCAGUUAUUGAAAGGAUUCGUGCUCGAUUGGGUAAAGUUGACCCUGCCAAACGCGAAUUAACCAACAUCUAUAAGUGCAGGAUAACCGUAGGCGGAAAAGUGGUUAAAACAUGGAUUAUGGAUUUGAAAAAUGUAAAUUUGUACGAAGGAGAUGACAGUGCUGAAUGUACUUUGGUAUGUGAUGAUCAAGCAUUUGCAGAUAUGGCCGACAAAAAGAUGGAACCAAAGCAAGCCCUAGAGAAAGGCCAACUGAGUGUUGAUGGAGAAAUGGAAUUAGCCAUGAAAUUGCUUCCGUAUAUUGCCUCGAUUUAAGUGAUAUGUUGUAGCUCAAAUUAUGCUUUAUUAAUAAGAUUAUCUGAUGAUUAUGGGGAAGAAAUUAAAUAAAUGUAUCUCAAGCAAA